UUUUGACUCAACCAUCUCAAUACACAAUGUCAAAGUAUAAUGCUGCAUUUAUGAGAGAAGCACUUGUUGUAGCGCAAGAUGCGUAUGACCACUCUGAAGUGCCUGUGGGUUGCGUUUUUGUAUUAAACAAUGAGACCAUUAUCGCAAGAGGUCGUAAUAAGCCUAAUGAGAGUUACAAUGCGACACGGCAUGCCGAGUUUGAAGCUAUUGAUGAGAUUUUAAAAGAACAUGAGCGUAGCGUUUUUGAAAAUGUAGAUUUGUAUGUGACGGUGGAACCUUGUGUGAUGUGUGCUUCAGCAUUAAGACAGGUGGGUAUCCGACAUGUGUAUUUUGGAUGUGGGAAUGAGAAAUUUGGUGGUAAUGGAUCUGUUUUUCAUAUCAAUACAGACUCAAGAUUGGAUACGAGUCAAUCCAAAGGGUAUCCUUCCGAAGGUGGGUUCUUUCAUGAAGAAGCAAUUUUAAUGUUGCGUAAAUUUUACAUCCGAGAGAACAAGCAUGCUCCUGUGCCUCGUAAAAAGACAAACCGAGUGUUAAAGACAGAUGUGAUACCCAUGGCGAAAUAA